AUGGAGGAGCGAAGCUGCACAAAGAGCGAAGGAAGCGGAAAGAAGAUAUUUGUGGUUGUUGGAAUGGCAGGCAGCGGAAAGACAACGUUUUGCCAACGGCUGUACUCAUGGAUUUCGCAAGAGAGAUGUAGCAUUGAUAAAUGCACAGGGCUGAACUCGAGGAUAUACUCCAUGAAUCUUGAUCCUGCAGUGGUCAACUCGAAGAUGCCGCUGAAUCUCGACAUACGGGAUGUGGUGGACUACCAUGAAGUGAUGGAGAAAUACAAUUUAGGGCCGAAUGGAGGAAUUACGACGUGCUUGAACCUGUUCAUGCUUGAUAUUGGAAAGUAUUUGAACGAGAUGAAUGCAGAGUAUGUGAUUGUGGACACGCCUGGGCAGAUUGAGGCGUUUACUUGGUCCUCGCCAGGAUAUGUGUUGAUUGAGGCGUUGAAGGGAGUUGGAGAAGUAGUGGUUGUGUAUGUGGUUGAUUCGGUUGCAUCCCACAGGCCUGCGGUUUUUAUGUCGAAUAUGAUGUAUGCAGCAUCGCUGAUGUGCAGAUAUGAAAGUGAAGUGCUGUGUGUGUUCAAUAAGAAGGACCUGGAGGGAAGUGAAAGGCUGAAUGAAUGGAUUCGGGAUUAUGAGAAGUUCCAGCAGUCGUUGGACAACGAGGACAUGUUUUCACCGAUACUUGGGUCGAUGGCGCUGCACUUUGAGGAGUUUUACAACACGGUGAAGACUGUUUCUGUGUCCUCGUAUACUGGAGAGGGACGAAGCGAGUUUUUUGAUGCCGUAGGCAUAAGCACGGCUGUUUGA